AUACACAAACUGGCCUAGGGCAAUCCGAUAUGGUCCUUGAUUUAAACUCCUCAAAAAAUCUUUUAAAAAGAAUCUUUCAAGAAUUCCAAAAUAUUAAAUAACAAUCAUUCUUCAUUUACAAUUCUCAAACACGCUAUCAUUGAAAUUAUCGAAAGAAACAUGUCAAAUGAUAGUGGAAACAUGAGCAUGCCGAUGCCAAUGCCAAUGCCGUCGCCGCCGUCAGCGUACAACAACCAAAGCACUAUGUACAUGCACGAAAUGCCCAUGAUGCAGAUGAGCUUCUUCUGGGGCAAAGACGUGGUGGUCCUUUUCUCUGGCUGGCCGGGCUCCGGCCGCCUUGGAAUGUACAUACUAGCACUGGCCGCGGUGUUUCUGUUGGCGGUCGCCACCGAGGUUUUUUCGGUGGCUCCGAAUUUCAAGCCGCCGGCUGUUCGCCCCGCCGUUGGGGCAGCUGUUUACGCUGCCGUGUACGCUGUUCGCAUGACUCUAGCGUAUUUUGUUAUGCUCUCUGUCAUGUCAUUCAACGUCGGAGUGUUCCUGGUGGCGGUUGCCGGCCAUGCCGCCGGCCGCUUCGCCGUAAAGUACCGAGCGCUAACGGCAGUGGCGCGAGCGUCGGCGGAGGACCCCUAAAAUUUGUGGAAUAUGGCAUGGUUUGUAUCGUCUUCAUUUUCUUCUGAUUUUUUAUAAAUAAUAAUAUAUUUAUCAAAUUUAUUUUGAAUUAUAAGGAGGCCUCGUGCGAUGUUCACACAGUGGAGAUCAUUCAUAUAUUUUAAUUGAACAUUUAUAAGUGUUUUAUUAGAUAAUCUUAUAGGACA